AUGUGUAAUUGUUUACAAAACUUACUGUUCUUCAUCUGUAUUAUGUUAAAGACGGCACAUGGGCAAGCCAAAUCACCACACAUACUUUUCAUAGUAGCAGACGACUUUGGAUGGAAUGAUGUGGGAUUCCGUAAUCCAAACAUCUCCACUCCAAACAUCGACAAAUUGGCAAAGGAGGGAAUCAUACUGGACCAGGCAUAUGUACAGCCUGUAUGUUCUCCAUCCCGGAGUGCUUUCAUGACAGGGAUGUAUCCUUUCAAAACGGGACUACAGCAUUUGGUGGUUUGGCCUGACCAGAAGGUGUGCGCGCCAACUAAUCUUACAUUCCUACCACAACACCUGAAAAAACUUGGAUAUGCAACGCAUAUGAUAGGAAAAUGGCACCUUGGAUUCUGUAAGUGGCAGUGUACACCCACCUACCGCGGAUUUGAUUCUUUCUAUGGUUAUUACACCAGUCACGAGGAUUACUACAGAAAAAGUAACAGUCAUGAUAAACUUCUUGGAUUUGACUUCAGGAAGAACAUGGAAACUAAUGAAGAAGCGAUUGGCACGUACUCUACGUUUCAGUAUACUACCAGAGCGCUGAAUUUGAUUUCACAACACAACAAGAGUCAACCAUUUUUCAUGUAUAUGCCUCUACAAUCCGUUCACGCGCCGAUUCAGGUGCCCAUUGAGUAUGAAAAUAUGUACAACCAUAUACGUAAUGAAGGCAGAAGAAAAUUUUCUGGAAUGGUGACAGCAAUGGAUGACGUCAUCGGUAAUGUCACAGAGGCUCUGAAGGCAAACGACAUGUAUGACGACACACUUAUUAUCUUUUCGUCAGAUAAUGGCGGCUGGCCUGCCGAAUAUGGAAACAAUUUCCCACUACGAGGCUCUAAGAUUACGGUAUACGAGGGUGGUACCAGAGUGACGUCAUUUGUUCAUGGGACCGGACUUAAAAAGACAGGAUACACUUAUCGUGGGAUGAUUCACGCCGUUGAUUGGAGUCCAACGAUAGUAGCGGCUGCCGGUGGAGUUCCUGAUAAGAACAUUGACGGCAUAAGCCAGUGGGAUAAUAUUAGGACGGGAGGUCAGUCAAGCCGGACAGAAUUUAUAUACAACCUUGAUGAUCUGCCUCCGUAUCAGACAGGUCACGCAGCUAUCCGUAUGGGAGAUUACAAGCUGAUUGUCGGUUACCCGGGAUUGUACCCUAACUGGUAUCCCCCUCCCACAUACACGGAUGAUAAUUACAUCAAGGAAGUGCCCUACGACGCCAGCCAGAAUAACAAAACACAGUUGUUCAAUCUAAAAGAUGAUCCAAACGAACACGAUGAUCUAUCGACGAAACUUCCUGACUUGGUGGAGAAACUUCGGACAAGGAUGGCGGAGUAUCACAAACAGAUGGUUCCGGCUAACUACCCAGCGGGUACGUCAACGGCCGACCCGAAGAACUAUAAUGGCUUCUGGACCCCUGGAUGGUGCUAACUUUCUUUUCUGACAACGGAAUAAGAGUACAAUCUAACUCAUGUAAUCAUAAGCCCCACACAAUAUAUUUCAAUGAAGUCAAACACAUAUCUUAUACAACAUUAAAAUGUAAGAGAAUACAAAAUAUGUCACAAUGGAUAAAAAAAGUCCAAUUUGCUCUUUCGACAUGGUGAAACGAAAGUAGUACUUUUCUAGUUGCGACAAUUCUUACGGAAUAACUGAGUACAGGUUGUUAUGACAUUCGAGUUUACAGACACUAUAAGAUCUUCCUUCAGUGGUUUCAACAUCCAUGGACACUGUUUGCAAACGACAUAAGAUUUUGUAAAAAUAUAUAACUUAGAUAUUUGAUGGUCUUCUAGAAAUCGGUGACGAUUAGGGAAAUCGAUUGCUUUGGUAAGAGCCUCGUCCCUUCUUUUAUAAGAUUCCUGUUUAGGACCAGUGGAUGUUUAAUAUGAACAAAAGAAAGAUUUAC